AUUUUAUUUUAGAGAAGAAAAAUGAAAACUGUUACUGAUUAGGACGUUACGUACAGGUGAAUGGGCAGCGGUGGCGCGAGAGAGCCAUUGAGAGAGCAUAAGAAGAGAUAAGGAUGUUUCAAAUAUCCGAUUCCCUGAUUGGCAUGUACGAAAUUGCCGGGAAUGGCAGUAAUUUGGGUUUGAAAGCGGCGUGUAGCAACUACCACCACUAAAAGGGUGCGGGUGGUUGUGAGGAGGAGCAAGGCGAGAGAGGAGGCAUGGCGUCGAGUAGCAGGGCGGAGGCGUCGAGUGGCAGGGGCUCAGCAUCAGCUAGCAAUACCAACAGGAGGAGCAAUUCAACCAGUAACACUAACAGUAAAGCAGCAAUGGCGAUGAAGCAGUACAACGCGGACACACAAUUGCAUCUUGUGUUCGAACAGUCGGGAGAAUCGGGUAAGUCUUUUGAUUACACUAGGUCCAUAAAGUCCACAACAGAGUCGGUUCCUGAACAGCAAAUUACGGCCUAUCUGUCUCGAAUGCAAAGAGGAGGAAAUAUUCAGCCUUUUGGAUGCAUGCUUGCUGUCGAGGAAAGCACCUUUAGGAUCAUCGCUUACAGUGAAAAUGCGGCGGAAAUGCUGGAUGCGGCGGGGCAGAGCGAGAGUCAGUCUGUUCCUGAUGUGAAAAGUGAGGCAGCCGUGAGAAUUGGGAGUGAUGUGAGGAGGCUCUUCACGCCGUGGAGCGCGCGGAACUUGGAGAGGGCCGCGAUGACGCGUGAAAUAAGCCUGGCGAACCCAAUUGCGGCGGAGUCCAAGAGCGGCAAGCCCUUUUAUGCCAUUGUGCACAGGAUUGAUGUUGGGAUUGUGAUUGAUUUGGAGCCGGUGAGAAGAGGGGAGGCGGCGGCUUUUGGGGCGUGGGGAGGAGCAGAGGGCGUCGCAGGAGGGGCUGUGCCGUCGCAGAGACUGGCCGUGAGGGCAACGUCGAGGCUGCAGGCUGUGCCCAACGGGGAUAUCGGUCUGCUUUGCGAUGCUGUUGUUGAGGAAGUCAGGGAACUCACUGGGUAUGACAGGGUUAUGGUUUACAAGUUUCAUGAAGAUGAGCAUGGGGAGGUUGUUGCAGAAAUUAGGCGCUCUGACUUGGAGCCCUACCUUGGACUACAUUAUCCUGCCACUGAUAUUCCCCAGGCAUCCCGGUUUCUUUUCAUGCAGAACAGGGUGCGUAUGAUCUGUGAUUGCCGUGCUAAUCCUGUCGGAGUCAUACAGGUGGAGGAAUUAAAGCAGCCCCUCUGUUUGGUGGGUUCUACGCUAAGGGCACCCCACGGUUGUCAUGCUCAGUACAUGGCUAAUAUGGGCUCAAUUGCUUCUCUUGUUAUGGCUGUAAUUGUCAAUGGAAAUGGAAACGAUGAAGAAGGCAGCAGCGGGCGAGUGAAGCUUUGGGGUUUGGUUGUUUGUCAUCACACUUCACCUCGAGCCGUUCCCUUUCCCCUUCGCUCCGCUUGUGAAUUUCUGAUGCAGACAUUUGGUCUUCAGAUUAAUAUGGAAAUGCAAUUGGCUGCUCAAUUGACAGAGAAUAACAUUCUUAGGACUCAAACACUUCUCUGUGAUAUGCUUCUCCGAGACGCACCUAUUGGAAUUGUAACCCAGUCUCCUAGUAUCAUGGAUCUUGUUAAGUGUGAUGGGGCUGCCCUUUACUACGGGGGUAAGUUCUGGUUGCUCGGAGUGACCCCCACGGGAGCUCAAAUUAAGGACAUUGCAGACUGGUUGCUUGAAUACCACGGGGAUUCAACAGGUUUGAGCACAGAUAGUUUAGCAGAUGCUGGCUACCCGGGUGCAGCAUCCCUUGGGGAUGCUGUCUGUGGUAUGGCUGCUGCUAGAAUCACAUCAAAAGAUUUUUUGUUCUGGUUUAGAUCUCACACUGCAAAAGAGAUGAAAUGGGGAGGAGCAAAGCAUCAUCCCGAUGAUAAAGAUGAUGGUCGGAGAAUGCACCCUCGUUCUUCAUUCAAGGCAUUCCUAGAAGUUGUCAAAAGAAGAAGCUUGCCAUGGGAAAAUGUAGAAAUGGAUGCAAUUCACUCUCUGCAGCUUAUCCUACGUGGUUCAUUUCAAGACAUUGAUGACAGUGAAACUAAAACUAUGGUUCAUGUUCAGCUACAUGAUUUAAAAUUGCAGGGCAUUGAUGAGCUUAGCUCCGUGGCAAAUGAGAUGGUGCGAUUGAUUGAAACAGCUACUGCACCUAUUUUAGCUGUAGAUUCUGCUGGAAUUGUGAAUGGAUGGAAUGCAAAGGCGGCAGAAUUGACAGGACUUCCAGUUGGAGAAGCUAUGGGCAAGUCAUUAGUUCAUGACCUUGUUUUUGAAGAAUCUAUGGAGACUGUGGAAAAAAUGCUCUAUCAUGCUCUGAGAGGAGAGGAAGAUAGAAAUGUUGAGAUAAAGUUGAGGACGUUUGGUCCACAGAGGCAGAAAAAGGUUAUAUAUUUGGUUGUCAAUGCCUGUUCAAGCAGGGAUUAUACAGGCAACAUUGUUGGAGUUAGCUUUGUAGGUCAAGAUGUUACAGGUCAAAAGGUGGUCAUGGAUAAGUUCAUCCGAAUUCAAGGUGACUACAAGACUAUUGUGCAAAGCCCCAAUCCUUUGAUUCCUCCCAUAUUUGCUUCAGAUGAAUAUACAUGCUGCUCUGAAUGGAAUGCGGCAAUGGAAAAGCUAACAGGCUGGACCAGAGAUGAGGUUAUUGGUAAAAUGCUUGUGGGAGAGGUUUUUGGUGGUUGUUGUCGGCUAAAAGGUCAAGAUGCAAUGACCAAAUUUACAAUUGUGCUACAUGGUGCAAUUGAUGGCCAGGAUACAGAGAAGUUCCCCUUUGCAUUUUUUGACAGACAAGGCAAAUAUGUGGAAGCACUUCUAACAGCAAACAAGAGAACAGAUGCAGAUGGUCGAAUUACAGGAGCAUUUUGUUUUGUGCAGAUAGCAAGCUCUGAACUGCAGCAGGCACUGGAGAUUCAGAGGCAACAAGAGAAGAAAUGUUUUGCAAGAUUGAAGGAGUUGGCAUAUAUUCGACAGGAAAUGAAAAAUCCUUUACAUGGAAUUACAUUUACUAGGAAACUCUUAGAAGAUACUGAUCUUUCUGAUGAUCAGAAACAGUUCAUUGAAACAAGUGCUGUUUGUGAAAGACAGAUGCAGAAGAUUAUGGAUGAUAUGGAUUUAGACAGUAUUGAGAAUGGGUAUAUGGAACUAGACGUAGCUGAAUUUGUCCUGGGAACUGUUAUGGAUGCUGUUGUCAGUCAAGGUAUGAUUAUACUGAGAGAGAAGGGCUUGCAGUUGAUACGUGAAAUUCCUAGUGAGGUAAAAACAAUGUGUUUAUAUGGAGAUCAAGUCAGAUUGCAGCAAAUUUUGGCAGAUUUCUUGUUAAAUGCAGUGCGGUAUACACCAUCCCCAGAGGGAUGGGUAACAAUCAAAGUGUUACCAACCUUAAAGCAGCUUGGCAAUGGUAUACAUGUUCACUUAGAAUUCAGGAUAACUCAUCCUGGACCAGGGCUACCUGCAGAACUUAUCCAAGAUAUGUUUGAUAGAAAAAGAUGGACCAUGCAAGAGGGAGUUGGUCUAAGUAUGUGCCGGAAACUUCUCAAAUUAAUGGAUGGUGAUGUGCAAUACGUGAGGGAGUCCAGAACAUGCUAUUUCCUUGUGAACCUUGAACUUCCACUGGUCCACAGAGAAGAUGCAGGGAGUGUCAAAUAGAUACUCCCUGCAAGUGGAAAUCCUCUGCAAAUAUAUAAAAAAAAAUCGUCCAUGGAAGUGGCCACAUGAACAAAAUUAUGUGCCUCACGAAAGAACCUUCUUUGGUCUUUGGUCUUUUAGAGCGGAUUCUUAUGCAAAUAAAGUGUCUCAAGGCCUUGAAUCAGAUAUGGUUAACUCUAAGCACAAGACAAAUCAUCCUCAACUUCAGUCUCUGUCCAGAUUUGCCGCAAUAACAACAGAGAACACCUGUAAGUAAAGAAUUAAUUCUAAACAGAGCUUGUGAAUUCAACUUGUGAAAUAUGUAUGUUGUAUUUUUUUCUUCCUGGGUGUGAUGCUGGAAACGCUCAGGGGAAUUAUAUGAUACAUUAUACUUUAACCUAUGUAUGCUGUAUUUUCUCUGCUUGGAUUCAAUGCAGGAAACAUCUGCUAUGCCCCAAGAAUCCAUGGAAGUGAAUUGACUUUUGUAAAACAGUAUGUAACCUUAAACAGAUAAACUUUCUGUAAGCUUCCUGGAUACUAAUAGGUGAUGUCGAGUCCUCAUGGAUAUCAUUGUAAAUGGGAUAUGUUUUCAAGGCUUUUAUUUGCA